UUCUCUCCUUUGCUUUACCUUCCCCUUUCCGUAAGCUUCUAAAGGAUACAUCUUGUAUGCCAUGGACACCAAACAUCAAAGCUUGACACUCUCAUUCAUCUUGCUUCCGAUGCUGCUCGGUAUCGUGAGCUCCGAUGUCAACCAAGACAAAGCAGAAUGCGCUGAUAAGCUAGUGGGGCUUGCUCCAUGUAUCCAGUACGUCGGCGGAAAGGCAAAAACGCCCACCGUAGACUGUUGCGGUGGGAUCAAACAGGUGGAGGAUAAAAGCAUGAAAUGCCUCUGUGUGUUGCUUAAAGAUAAAGAUGAUCCAAGCCUAGGGCUUAAGAUCAACACCAGUCUCGCAGCUACCCUUCCUAGUAUUUGUCAUGUCCCAGUUAACAUAACUAACUGUAUCUCCCUCCUGCACUUGGCACCCAAUUCCAAGGACGCUGAAUUAUUUGAAGGAUAUCAAAAGAUGACAGAGGCACAUGCCACUACCCCAGCUGCCAGUGGGAGUUCGAGUAGCAGAGCAUCAAGUGCUGCAGAGAAGAGUGAGGGAGGAAGAGGGAAGAGAUGGGUGGGAUUUGGGAUGGCUUUGGGAGUUUCACUGUGGAUUUUCGUAUUUUGUGUGUAAAAGUAGUGGAAUUAGAGGUGCUGAAGCUUUUAUUAUUGUGAUCAGUGCGUUUAUGUGUUCAUAAACGGUGGAUUAAGUUGUAUACCUUUGUUUCUAUGAUUGUGUUCGUUUUCGAA